AUAAGGGUAACACUAGGAUAACCUUCUGUCAACGAAGAGUCGACAGUACACCCAAAAGACUAGCGUUUUUCCUUUCAAAACGAAUUUUUUAUCAGUUUAAAAUACAAAUUAUUGCUUUAAAAAGGUCGUGAAUUGUCAGCGUUGAUACCAGCGAAGAGCUUUUUAAGUGAAAAAUGCCUCAGGCGGAUCCAGUCGUGAACUUCCAGCUUUGUACAGCGUUGUAUGACAAUAUAGCCGACAGUCCUGAUGAGCUGUCGUUCAAGGCCGACGACAUACUCAUAGUCAUCGAGCAAGACACGCACGGCCAUGAUGGAUGGUGGGUCUGCAUGCACAAGGGCCGGCAGGGCAUUUGCCCGAAAAACCGUCUGCGCCUCUUGUCCGAUGCGGAGCAGUCGUUGCACCGUGAUCUCAAGGUGAAAAGCUGGCACCGGGCGCAGAAAGCCGGUGAGCAGGGUUAUGUUUACGACAUGCCACAGCCGACUGUCUUACAACAGGAGCAGUACGAUGUUCCCCCUAGUCAGCCGAUCCCUGCUCAACCUUUAACUGAGGAGAGUUAUGAUGUUCCAAAGCCGGUUGUGGGCACAGGCAGUUUGACACCGAGCUCUUCAAUUAGCUCUUUAACAACGGAUUCAAACAGGUCAUCGCUCAUUCAACAGGAUUAUGAUGUGCCACGUCCGAGCCGCACGGUCGUACCACAGAUUGUUUAUGAUGUUCCAAGAGGCGUCGAGAUGGGCUUCGACAUGACAUCAGCGUUGGAAUGGCUCGGCAGGUUGGAGAGCGACAUAACAGGUUCGAUUUCUCGCAUCCUUGCCCUCACAACUGUCGGAUGGAGGACGAGGGCCAAACUGGAGCCUAGGCUCAUUGAAAUAAAAAGCUAUGUAUCAAAAUUAAACUCUUCGCUCCACGACUUGACCAUCUUUUCUCGUUCUGUUCUCGCCAAACAUCAAGAAUCAGGACUUGGAACGAAGUUGGGCCCAUUGGUAAUUGCUUUGUCAAAAGCAGAACUUCAGAUACAAGAGAGCACUAAGCAGCUUGAAUCUGUCGGAUGGAACGUUAACGCCCUUGCGGUCGAAGAGCAAGAAACGCGCAAUCCAGACAUGCUCGACAAUCUUGUCCAGUGCGUUGCAUCUCUCAUCGACGACAUACGAGCGAUCGCCUCUUUCAUCCAGGGCAACUCGACCUUGCUUUUCAAAAGAAAUACACCAACAUGCCAGCCGACAUCUCCAGAAGACGUCCAGUACAUGAACACCAUGCCGCAUCAGGACGAUCCCCUACCCUUGAAAGAAUCCGAUGAGGUCGAGACAAAAGAAGAAAAUCACAUUUUAUCAACAGAAGAUAAAAAAGUUGUGGAGUUGUACACGGGUUUUUAUUGGACGCAGGCGAACCGCCUGGCUCAGGCUAUAGAUGAAUUUUUAACAACUGUGACACAGAAUCAACCGCCGAAGGUGUUCCUGGCACAGUGCAAGGCUGUUGUCAUGGAAGCUUCGCACCUACUUCUGCUCGGCGAGUCGAUCGAACGUUCCCUGGAGAGCUCAGAACUGAAGGACGAGGCAAACACCUGCAACCGGUUCAUGAGUGAGUUCCUUUCGGGGCUUGUUAACAAGACCAAGUCAGCCGCGGUUCAGUUCCCGAGCGUCAAAGCCGUACAGAAAAUGGUCGACGCUGUCGUCGAACUGUCACGUCUGCCCGACCGGUUCAAGCACUCACUCGCAUCUGCCGCUCGGCUCGCUUCCACAUAACUUGAUGACAAGUUAUCACUGAAUCUUUUCAAGUUCUGACCUCCCCGUCUCCAUCAGAUGAGAUUGUUCAGUUCAUCCUGGACCUUUCGGACAAUGUUUCCUACUCUGUCACUAUUGUGAGCCUUGUACAUUUUUAUAUUUUCGUUAUUUUAUUUUUAAAAUUUUUUAUAAUUGUCUUUUUAACAUCAGUAGUUUAAUUUUAGGGAUUUUUCAAAUCUACAAAUUUGUUUAUAUAAUAUUAUAUAGAUUUUUUAAAAUUUCUUUUUGUUUACAAAUUUAUUUAUUUAUUAUUAUAACUGUAAUAAUUGUUAUCAUAACAUAUGUAUAAUUUAUUUUAAUUUGUAAAAUUUUUAUAAAAAAUAUAAACGUAUAUUAUAUAUUGCAAAAUAUCGGGGU